CUGCAGAUCUGGGACACGGCAGGACAAGAGCGAUUCCGAUCCAUCACGCAGAGUUACUAUCGCAGCGCUAAUGCGUUAAUCUUGACCUAUGACAUCACCUGCGAAGAAUCCUUCCGGUGUCUUCCCGAGUGGCUGCGAGAAAUCGAGCAGUAUGCCAGCAAUAAGGUCAUAACUGUGCUAGUGGGUAACAAGAUUGAUUUAGCUGAUAAGAGGGAAGUCUCCCAGCAAAGGGCAGCAGAGUUUUCUGAAGCACAGGACAUGUACUAUCUGGAAACCUCGGCAAAAGAAUCGGAUAAUGUGGAAAAACUCUUCCUGGACUUGGCUUGCCGGUUGAUCAGCGAGGCACGACAGAACACCCUUGUGAACAAUGUCUCAUCCCCUGUACCAGGAGAAGGGAAGAGUAUCAGCUACUUGACUUGCUGUAAUUUUAAUUAAGAGUUGGCAGAAGGGGAGAUCACAUGCCAUGGGCCAAGAGGAUUUUUUUUUUUUUUUUUUGCUGGGAUUUAUCUACUUGAAGGGAAUUCCUACCACUUUGACCCAUCUGACGUACCCUGAGUCAAGUUGCAGACCUGGAAGCAUGGCAGGCGGAUGGCUCCAGCUGCAUGGCAACAUAGCAGAAUAUAACAUGGUUUAAAUUUCAUUUUUUUUUUGCAGUCUCUGGAGCAGGUUAGGAAAACAAGAGUUGCACAAGUGCUUCAUGUAAUGCAGAACAUGAGCUAUUGCGUUUCCUUCUGUGGGAGACUAGAGCAGCCUCUCUUGAAGAAGAUACUGAAGAGAUCAAAAUCUCUCUUACAGAACUAUGUGUUUGGUCCUUUUUAAAAUAAAAAAGAAAAAGCCAACAAUGAACACUGACCUUGGACUACACUGGCAAUCUUCCGGGCUGCCAGCAAGUGAGCUCUUAGGACAUGUACAUAGCGUCUGCCCGCGCGUCUUCAUGGAGGACUCUGGUGUUUGAAAUAGUGUUACGUCCCUCAUCUACAGGCACUUUCAUGAACAUGGAAUUAAAAAAAAAAAGUUACAUAUAUCAACAUUCUCAAGAUUUAAGACAUGGAUACAGCUCAGUUGCUCCCUUUGGUGCUAGCAGUUCAGCAAAUAUUCUAUAGACCAAACGUAGUCUUACUACAUUACUGUCCUCUGAAUGUGUAAUUUAGACUGGUUAGGAAAAAACACUAAUAAGCACUGUUCAUGAAAAUAAAAGAAUCUUGUUACCUCUUUUUCUAGGCCUGAACGUAGUGGGAAAGAACUGUGCUUCUUUGAUCUCCAACACAGGAUGAAAAGACUUUCCAGAAAUAAAAAAAAAGAAAAUUAACCAUUCCGCUUCUAA